AUGAGGUCAUGGAUUCACCACCAGGCAAAGACUUUCAACCACUUUUUUAGAGCAAACCCUGACUGGGAAAGGAAUAAAAAAGAAAACUCGCCCCCUAAUUGAAUCCGAUGAACAAAAAGAAAAUGACACCGAGAGGUUUGUUGUGGAUACGUUCAGUUUAAAAGUGGAACGUUAGAGGAAAAGAAACAGUGAACCCGGGUCUUUAUAUUCUGGACUAAUUUGGCCUGUUUUAUAUGGAUUCCAGCAUUGCUUCACCCCUGAUGUUUGCCAGAUAAACUCUGAGUUUCUGUUUCAGUGUUACAGCACUGCACAGAGCUGGGAUUUAGUCAAGCCAAAAGCUGAUCACCAAGCUGGGAGCUAAAGAGAGUAGCUGAGCACCGUUAAGAACUAACAAGCUCCUGGCAGCUACUUUCAACAUUCACUUCACUGACACCACAGAAAUGCUUUGGGAGCGCAAAACCUUCCUCUUCUGUGUUUUGUCGGUCUACAUCACAUCAGUGGUGGUGGCUUCAGAUGAAAGGCAGCAAGAUAAUCACUGUGCUGAUCUCAACAACAUCACAUGGCGGGAAUACCAGCAGCAAAGAGUCAGACUGAACGUCCAGUAUCUGCUGCUGACCAGGAAAAACAUGGACUGUCCACAAGCAUUCAAUGAGACGUCCCUCACCAUGGAGAACUCCUACUUCAACCCCUCGCGUCCUACAAAGGUUAUCAUCCACGGGUACAGGGCCCGGGGGAGUAAGCCCUCCUGGGUGAAGAGGUUAGGCCAGGCGCUUUUAAGAUCUCAAGAUGUGAAUGUGGUGGUGGUGGACUGGGUCCGCAGUGCGUCCUUUGCCUACAACCUGGUGGUAGAGAUCCACAGAGAGGUGGCCAUACAGAUUUCUGUCCUCAUCAAUCAGCUGCAGAAUCAUGGCUGCAGACUCGAAUCCUUCCACUUUAUCGGGGUCAGUCUCGGGGCACAUGUCGCUGGUUUUGUGGGAACUUUGUUCGAAGGGAAAAUAGGAAGAAUCACAGGCCUGGACCCUGCUGGACCCAUGUUUAAAGGAGCGGACACCUAUAGCCGGUUGGACCCUUCUGACGCUCAGUUUGUGGAUGCCAUCCACACAGACUCUGACUAUUUUGGCAUCUCCAUCCCUGUUGGCCAUGUGGACUUCUUUCUGAAUGGAGGGAAGGACCAGAUUGGAUGUGCACGUUCCAGGUUUGACUCAAUGUACAGUUAUGUGAUAUGUGACCACAUGAGGGCGCUGGACGUCUACAUGAGCGCGCUGAACGGCUCGUGCCCGUUAAUGGGGAUCCCGUGCUCCAACUAUGAGGACUUCCUGAAGGGACGCUGUAUGGACUGCGACAACUUCAGAGGGAAAUGUCCAGUAAUAGGUUUAUCAGAAAACAGUGGGAUAUCUAUAUCUCCCAUUCCCAAAGAGCAGAAGCUAUUCCUCCUCACGACUUCUUCACAGCCAUAUUGUGCUCACCACAUCUUGGUGGAGUUGGAAGUUUCUAAACUGGAUAAGAGCGCUGAGAUUGAAGUGACUCUGACAGCUGAAACCCUGGAAACAAAGCAGAUCCUCAGGCUUCAGACAGAUACAACAGUGUACAGGACGGUGAUGGCUCACUCUACCCCCCAGUGUGAAAUCAACUCCAUCAGGCUGACAAACACAGGAGCUCGCUUCUACAGACAGGCAGAGAUCCACGUCAAGUCUGUCUGUGUGACUGAGUUUCCCUCUCUCAGGCGCAAAGAUCCUGUGUGUGUGAACAACAUCAACAUCAGACGGGGAGCUCCGUGGUCCCACGACCUUGUGCAGUUGUGUGACUUCUAAAGAGAAAAAUCUCCUCGACAACAAUUGAAAAGUGCAUAGUGUGCAGCAAUGUGGCCUAUGAAGAUACUAACACAGAGAUGGUUUCACAUUUUUAUACCUUGUUUAAUUUUGAGAAAAUAUCAUUGGAGUUCAACCUCAGGGGGCGGAGCCAAAGACUCACAUUUAAUUCAGAAGAAGCAGCCUUUCCCUGAACUUCUAAGUGACAUAAUGCUGUUCAGGCACUUUUGCUAAUCCUUAGAUUUUCUAACAUCAUGACUAAAACUGGGGGGAAAAAAGGUUAUUUACAUUAUCAGAAUUUCCGGUACAAUAUUAUUAAUAUUAUAAUUAUCUUUCUUUUUUGUCAUUCAGAGUUUGCCUAUACUCACUAAAGCGUUGAAGUGUUUAUGAAACCAAACAGUCUGGUUUCACAUCCUAAUCCCUUGUUUUUUGUUCUUUUAGCAUUAAAUGCAGCAACAAACUCUUAACCAUGUCUUUCUUUUCUCCUGAUUUCAGGGCUAAAAGGAUUUGUCCUUUUGCACUGAGGUGAAUCUGUGUGUACUUUGACUUUUUUGGGGUGGAACAUGAAUCAUUUUGAGCAUUAUCACAGUGCUACAUAGUGCAGUUGGGACAGAUAUGACAGGAAGCUAACAGUCAGAAAAUAAACAACUUAAAUCAUCUGGAGAAAUUUUGGCCCCAUGAAAGAAUGUUUUCUAAAUACUUAGACUUCAUUUUAGUCUCAUCACUCAUCUUUUGAAUUCAAUAACACACAAAUACCGUGAUUCACAUUAUGCCCGUGUAUUAAACACACCAAUGUUUAAAAACAUUUUUAAAAAAUCAGGCUUCUAAUAUAUAUCACCAGAGAACAUGUAAAAGGAUGACUUUGGUAAUCUGAUCACUAAUCUAAACAUGACACAUCAAAACAUUGCAGUGAAAUGGUAGAAGACAACAGAACCAGUUGGCAGGUUUUGUACAUAAAAUGUUCCAGACAGGUCUGAAAAGAUCAAGGAUACAAAGCCAAAUGCUUUCCAGAGCUUGAAGGAAGAUUUGAUUGUAAUGUACAUCUGCCAAUGUUAAGCUGUUUCAUAACUUAAAUCAUGUUUUGUCAAAGCUAUUUAAAAUCAGACCCAGAAAAUGUGCAGCAACCUUCCUACAUUACAUCAACAUUCAUUAAAAUAAUUACUAUUAUUUAUUUGUGAAGCAAAUUUCAAAAGUGAAAUGUAACAUUAAAUCACGUGAAAAUCAAAUCUGAAUAAAAAACAGUUCCAAUCUGAAAUGUAAGCAAAUUUAGUCACAAAAUAUGAAAUGACAUUUUAGACAUUAAAUGUGCUGGUAGGUAACAAAGUGAAGGCUGCCUGUCCUCAGUUCUACAGUGCCAAUCAAUAUGAUAGUGUAAAUAUGAUUUUAUUUGGGGCCUAAUUCAUAGAUGAGGACAUGUUGAUAAAAUAUCAGCAAGAUAGCAUGUCUACUGGAGAGAUGUUUCUCUGAGUCUUUUAAUUUGUUAAACAUUUGAUUUUAUAGUCUACUGUAUUUAAAAUGUUAAAGGCAGAUUUCAGACUCUUGGUAGAGAGGCCAUGAAAGAUCAAAUGCACUGCAUCUGAAGAAAACACCAGCAAAUGGAAAAAUGUAGCAAAAGCACAAAAAACACAAUGGAAGCGCUAAUUAGCAUUAGCAAAACAGAAAAAAAUAAAGUGGACAAACACCGCAAAAGCUUCCCAAAACAACAACAAAAAAUACCCUCACAAAAUACUGUUUUUUGGAAGACAUUAAAGUGACAGAAUAGCUGCGAAAGUGCCAAGCUAACAGUCAACGGCUAAUAGCAAACAUGUCGCUACAGUAUUACAUGAAUCAUGCAAUUAAAACACACAUUACCUGGAUCAUUUUCUCCCUCACAACAGAAAUAAAUUUUUGUUCGCUGAAGAGAUUUACCACUGAAACAUUUUUCAAUGGGGUCAGUAACAUCGCAAGCAAAAUAAUACCAGAAGGCCCAAAUUGAGCUUCACUAGCUUAGCUAUAAUUGCAUUACAUGCUAAUUAGCUUAAAAAUAUUAAUUGCGAAGCAUAAUUUUGGCUGUUCCACAUACACAAUUGACCAUAUGCACCGUGUACUGUGGCCGUAGGAUCACUGCAAAAUUCUACAACAAAAUAACCGGCGUACACUGAACCUGACUUCUGCUGAUAUAUGGCUAAUAGCAAACAUGUAUCUACAGUACUGUAUGAAGCAUGCGUUUAAAAACCCAUUACCUUCCAACUUUUCUCCCUCACAACACAAAUAAAUUUUCCGCUUCUUUUAAACGAGUCUCAGUGCAAUCCUUCAUGUUUAGGUUUCUGUCACUUUCACAAAUUAUUGUCUCCCAAAAAACACUUAUGUUGUGAGAUUUUGUUUUUUUCUACUUUAAUAUCUGUUGAGUUUUAUUCACUUCCUUCACGUUUUAUUCAACUUUUGUGGGGGGGUUCUAUGCUUUUUGCAGCAUUUUUGUAUUUGCCAGUGUUGUCUUAGGUUGUAGGUCAUUUACGCUCUCAGGGUCACUGUAUUUUGGGAUAUUUUGUCAGCAUGGCCUAAAGGCCUAAAGACUAAAUGGUAACAAGGAAAAUGUUAACACUCCUAAAUAAUAUGUCAAACUGUUAAAAGAUGUCAGUAAGGUUUGUUGUAUGACUUAAAUUUUAAUUCAAAUAGUUA